AUGGAAGACGUAAAUAAGGAGGGCAGGAGCCUAGUAACGUCAUUCAUCUCUCCGCUUCCCAGCUCUCUCCUCACCUUCCCCGCCUUCCCCUCACCUUCCCCGCUCUCCGCUCAUCCUCCCGCCCCUCCCCUCGUCUUCCCCGCUUUCCGCUCAUCCUCCCCGUCCUCCCCUCAUCUUCCCCGCUUUCCGCUCAUCCUCCCCGCCCUCCCCUCAUCUUCCCCGCUUUCCGCUCAUCCUCCCCGCCCUCCCCUCAUCUUUCCCGCUCUUCUCUCAUCUUCUCCGCUCUCCCCUCAUUCCCCCCUCUCUCCCUUCUCCCCCUCAGCACCCCCUUCAUAUCAUUGCCGCGCUCUCUUGUUCCUUCCUUCACGCCCACCCUCAUCUCCCACCACUCACUCACCCCUCGUUCCCCCUCUUUCCCCCACCUUCCUGCUUCCCCUUUUUCCGACUCACUCUUCGUCUCCUCCCUUCACCCAUACCUGA